AGAAGUACUUCACUCCGGAUAACUACUGCCUAUCUUCUCUUCCUUCUCGACUGCACAACCAAAUAGGUAACUGAUUUGCCCGCCCUCUGCGAUCAUAGCAAACACGCACACAGACUGAAGUGUGCCAGACCGAAGCUACAAACUGACUUUUCAGCGCGACAUUACACUGUAAGAACUAGCGGCCGUCCGGACAACAGCCUACACAUCAGUGAUGUCAUCACUAAGUGAUGUGAUUAGCUGAUCCGUUUCUUUCGGGCAAACUUCUGCUCAAGGCAAAGGUACGCGCUCUGCCUGCGGAACAGCCCAGUCAACUCUGUCGCUGCGUUUGAAAUGAAAGUGCUCUAAGUUUUGUUCUGGGAGCGAUGUUGACCUGGUCAUUAAAGAUCCGGCCAGCUGAGUGAAGAGAGAGAGAUGAUGUUUUGAGUUGUGGGUUGUGUUGCACGCAGAUGUUCUCAUAGAAAAAAAUGAAUGGAAGAACAUGCAGCAUCAACUUCCCCGCGUCCAGUGUGCCACAUGGGCCUGGCAGGGUCAGCGGACAGCACAUCCCCCCUAUCAGGGUCCAGGCUGGUACUCCCUGCUCCCCCUCCAGCAGAGCCACUCCCAGCCCGGCCAAUGGGAACACUUCCAGCAGCGUCCAAGGCAAGGUGCCCCUGAGCUGCGGGCCUCAUUCAGCCACAGUUCCUCAAGCUGGCAUGAGAGAGAGUCCUGUUCACCUCCCCACCUUGAGCCCAGGGAGGCAGGUGGUGACCAGUGGGAAGCCGGUGUUCGGUGUUCAGCAGCCCCCAGGACAGCCUUUACCUCCAAACACACAGGACACUGGAACCUGCUUUCACAGCUCUAACCGCAAAGGGAACCCUGGCUAUAGCCCUCGAAACAGAGCCAUGGGGAAGCACAACGGCAACAACCUGGUGGUGACCAGUAGCCCCAUGACGGUGCAGAAACUGGGGCCCAUCUCUCCGAUUUCCAGCCAGGCUGCCGUUCCAGUGCACUGUGCCAGCCAUGGUCUCCAGCUGGCGUCCAACCCCACCGGUCUUGUCAUCCCUCACUCCGACACCCGGUCCCUGGUGUCUCGAGGUUCCCUGGCAUCCACUACCCUGAGCUUUCCUGAAAGGCAGUCCACCGCAGGAGUGAAGCAGGAGUGGCCAUAUGGCUAUCGUAUUCUCCCCUCCCUCCCCUCCCACCCCUCCCAGAAGGGUUCUCACAACGACAGCGAGCAGGGAGAAUCUCUGAGCCUCCCCCCUGAAACAGCCAUGUCUGGCACCAGCGUCUCCAACUCCUUACCUUCCUAUCUGUUCAGUGGAGAGAACAGUUAUUCACCGUUCCCCAGCCCCAGGCAUUCUGCUCGCUCGCAGUCUGCCCGCUCCAAGAAGAGGGCGCUGUCACUGUCCCCUCUCUCUGAUGGGAUUGGCAUUGACUUCAACACCAUCAUCCGCACCUCGCCCACCUCCCUAGUGGCUUACAUCAAUGGGUCCCGGGGCUCCCCAGCCAACAUGUCCCCACAGCCAGAGGUCUACGGCCACUUCCUUGGGGUCAGGGGCAGCUGCAUCCCCCAGGCCUGCUUAAACCCUGGUUCCCAACGGGGAUUGCAGCUCCCAGGAGGAGGAAUUCCCCUUCAGUCCUACAGCGAGCAGCCAGAAGCAGAGUACCAGAGGAUGCAGGAGCUGGAGCAGGGCACUUUGCACUCCUCAGGCCACCUGAACAACAUGGUGGUCCAACAGGGACUUCCUCCAGCAAACUGCCAGCCAGUGGGAGAAAUGUGUAAGAGUGAGCACUUCAACGGCUUCUCCCCACACUUGCCCUCCAUGGACAUGUCUGCAACGCCGCAGGGCCCCCCGCCUCCAUACCAUUCACACCAGCACCUGCAGGCCCAGGACUUCCUAGGUCACUCCCAACAGCCCCUGAGCCACUUCCCUCACGGGCCUCCAUCCUCCCAGCUGCUGGAGGAAGACGGGGAGAUGGACGAUCUAAGUGGGAGGCGCUGUUGUCAUUGGAUAGACUGCAGUGCCUCCUACGACCUGCAGGAGGAGCUGGUGAGGCACAUCGAGAAGGUGCACAUCGACCAGCGCAAAGGGGAAGAUUUCACCUGUUUCUGGGCUGGCUGUCCGCGGAGGUAUAAACCAUUCAAUGCCCGCUACAAGCUCUUAAUACACAUGAGGGUCCAUUCAGGAGAGAAGCCCAAUAAAUGCACGUUUGAAGGGUGCAAGAAGGCUUUCUCCAGGCUGGAGAACCUGAAGAUUCACCUGCGGAGUCACACGGGAGAGAAGCCGUACCUGUGCCAACAUCCUGGCUGCCAGAAGGCCUUCAGCAACUCCAGCGAUCGGGCCAAACACCAGAGAACACACCUGGACACUAAGCCAUAUGCUUGUCAGAUUCCUGGCUGUGCCAAGCGCUAUACUGACCCCAGCUCCUUGAGAAAGCACGUGAAGGCACAUUCCUCCAAAGAACAGCAGGCUAGGAAAAAGUUGAGGUCAAGCAUCGACCUGGACCAGGAUGGUCUCAAUGAUUGUCUCACCAUCCAGCCUCUUCAGCCAGCCAGCUCCCCUCACGACACGGGGGAUAGCAAAAUGGGGAGGUCUCCAGCACCCAGCCACGACAUGUACCCAGGCCUGUUCUCCAGCAUGCAGUCCAGUCGCAGUGGAACUGCAGGGGGCACAGCACCCCCUCCUCACCCUCAAAGUCACCCCUCUCCAGGAAGCACUGUGCAGGGCAGCCCAUUGCUGCCCCAGACUCAGCUACCUCCACUCCCAGUGCUACAGGAUGGCACUCAGAGAUUCACGGUCCUGUCUCCACACCCUCCUUCCGGGCUCCCAGCCCCAUCUUCGAUGGCACUCAGCAGGACUUCUCAAGUGCCUACCCGGGGGCAACAGAAUCUGGGCUCUCCCCAGAAGCCCUAUGGGACAAUGGCCAACCACCCUGUCCAAGCCCACAGCAUCCAUGUUCAAGGCUUUUAUGGGCAAAUACAGACUCUGUAUCCUCCACCAUACAGUGAGUCACCAAGGACUUCCUGUCACAUGACCAGCGUGCCAGCGUUUGAAGAGUGUGUAAUUCCCACAUCUUCUGCUCAGGCUGGGUUUGAUAUUUUACACAAGGCGAUUUCAAGUUUUGCAGUGUAUGAUUUCCCAUCGGCAUCACAGGGAUGUUUCGGAGAAUCCAUGAGGAACAUUACUGAGGACUCAGGCUUUCUCCAGAUAAAUGCAGUGGAUCGCUGUCCCAGCCAGCUCUCCUCAGUCUACACAGAAGGGUAGGAAAGGAAGAUAAAGACACUCUCCACAUUGAAACCAUCCCCUUUCAGAGACAGAAGACAGAGUGUCCACAACAAAACAGAACCAAGGAGAUUGCAUUUUAUAGAACGUCUGUAUUGUUCAUUUUCCGUUCAACACAAGCAUUACAGACUGUCAAGACAUAUGAUUUGCGAGCAUAUUUCAGUGAUAAGUAGGUACAGUAUGAUUCAGUUUAAUGCACUUUUGUUGUUUCUUAUGCUUUCUGUGCCAUUACUAAAAAGGGAAUAUACUGUAGUAUCAAUCUCAUCUCCCCACUAUAAUAGUGAAGUCUCCUGUUGUGAAGGAGGAAUAUAGCACCACCUGCUGGUAGACUCAAUACACUGAUGACGAGGGGCCGAAUUCUUUAGGAAAAUGGUAAUGUGCAGUAUAGUUUCUUUCAAAACAAGGUCAUUUGUGGAUCAUUCAUUGUAAACGAGGAUACGUGAACACGGUUUAACAAUUAUACAGUUAAGUGCCUUAAUUUGAGAAAGGGUAAAUUAUUGUUAGAAACACAUGGCUGUAUUACUUUCUAAAUAUUUGUUUACAUUCAUGUUAUUUUCAAUCCAGGGUUAGUUGUAUAUUUUCGUUAUUUCUUUUACAGUGUGUGCUUUCAGUCAUCUCAUCAAGUACUGUUAUUGUGAAAUUAUACCUUCUGCUCACAUGAUUUUGUCGUAGGAAUACAAGCACUUAAGUUGCCAAACAAAGCAAGAGUUAAAUGAUUCAUUCUGCAGAACACAACAAAGGGUGUUACAGGUUAUUUAAUGAUAAGAAAAGUACAGAUCAGAAAUAUGGAUUGUAAACCUCCUGAGAAUAUAUUUUUGAUAGCCUCUUAGAUAAAGCAGUAGCUAAACCUCUUGACUGCUUGUUCAUCUCUUAGGGUACUGAAAAAGAUUUUGGAAUUAUCUAUGUGGUUUGAAUAUUCUUUUUGUGUAUCUAGUACAUAAAAUAUAAUAUUUUUUGGCUAUUGCUAUAUUCAAACAUCUCAUUCCUUUAAGAAUACAAAAGCUUUCACUUCACUGUGGCAGUGGAUCUACAGUAUGGCACGUGUUCCACUGUUUGGUAUCCUGAAGACUUGGUCUGAGUUGGGUAUCAUAUUCUGAAACUGUGUUUCUGUCCUGGUGUAGCACUGCGCUGCUCUCCGGAAUGUACCGUUAUGUCUUUGGGGCGCUGGCCAUGUCAGUUUCAAAAUGAGAUUUACAAACUGAAUGAUCUGAGUAAAUCACAUCCAAAACUGUUUAUUUUCCUGUAAAGUAAAAAUUAACAAGGACAACACUUGAGAGAAGAAGGUUAAAUCUUUCAGCUCCUCUUUUUGUCACAUGGAGUACUGUUUGACCUAAUGAUGGAAAAAUAUGAUUUAAUUUUUUAAAAAGUUAAGAACUGCUUGGAAAAGAGGAACAGUACAUACUGGAUGUUAUAUCUUACUAGAUAUACUGUAGUCCCUGCACGUUACAUAGAAACAUACAGUACACAGGAUGACUUCCCUGGGUGAUUAUUGCACUAGGAGCUCAAAGAGCAGGAAGCUGGAUCCCAGCUGACCGCAGCUCACUCACCCCACAUGGCCAGCUCCCUCUCCGAAGAGCCCUUCAUUCUCUUGGACUUACAGUAUAUGUAUUUGUGUUUGUGUGUUGGAAGGGAAGUCCUUGGUGCUUUGAGUUGUAUUCUGGUUUCUUUGCAUUUCUUCCUGUGUUCAAAGCUUCUGAGGAGAGAGUGUUUCCCAGCUGUUUGAAGUUGUGAACCCAAUCCUCAUCAUAACAGCACAGCAGAAGGAGUCUUUUCUCAAGUCUUUUCUAGCAAGCUUUGAAGACUAGGAGAAAAGAGAAGACACACACAUGUAAAAGCUCACUGACACACACACUUUCAUCCUAAAUGUGAGACCAGCUAUCCAAUUCUGAAAAUGUGCUUUCUUUCCCAAACGUGUGGUAUGUUUUUUCAGUACAAUUCAGUAAACUGGCACUCUAUGCUAUAUUUAUGAAAAUGACCAUGCAUUUUAAUGUUUUAUAAGCACUUUUAAAAGAUGAACCUGUUUUUACCUACCUUAUUGAAUGAAUACUGUAUAUGGCAGAUGUGUUUUCAUGUUUUAUACAUUUAAAUAGUGGUUCAUUUUGUACUUCACUAACUUUCAAAAUUAGACAUGAUAUAUUUAAAUAAAUUUGUACAUAUUGUGAUUUUUACAGCUUUUUUGGUUUAAAAAUAAUCAGUAAUGUGCCAUUUUACAUUUUUUGUUAAGAAUGUUUUUUUAUAUAUAUACACAGAUUGUAAUGCACAUGUAAUUAAGACUAAACUGGAAACUGCAAAAUAUUUGUAAAUCUCUGAAUAUUUUUAAUAUUUGAAAAAAUAUCUUCUUCCUUUUUUAAGAUAAUACCACUAAAUGUUUUGUGACUUUUAUAUUGCAAUAUAGAGUUUUUGGUACUUUUUGCUUUUUCUUACUUUGUUGAAUUCAAAAUGGUGACUAAUACUGGAGAUUGAUGUAUUAUAUUACAACACCUGGAUUCAGAAGUUUGUAUCGAUUUAUAAUAAUGGGACUACCAGUAAAUACAUUUGUGAGACCAAAUAUUUGUGCUUGAAUAACUAAAAUGAUCAAAUAAAAAUUAUUUUAUUUAUUUAAAUCAGAACCUUACAAUGAAAAUAUGAAUCACACUGGAAACACAAACUGGCCAAAUUAGUUUGAACAGUUAUUUAUCAUUUUUUUUCUCUUAGUUCUGAGGAGUUCUAAGUCAGAACACUGAAUAAGAUACCUCCUUCCUGGACCACGGUCCCCCCUCGCCUCUCCCAUCUCCUCCCGGGACCACGGUCCCCCCUCGCCUCUCCCAUCUCCCAUCAUGUGCACGCUGCCUCCAUACCAUGUAUGGUAGUGGUAAGCUUAUUUACAGUUGCCUGGGAAGUGGUAGAUGAGAUAGGCAGGUUAAAAACCAUAAGAUCAAUAUUUACGAACGACUGUAGGAAAAAUUAAUGAUUUUUCAUAAAGGCAUGUAGGGUUUAUCAGAAAAGGUCAUGCAAAAUUUGAAAAAAAAUCUCAUAGUAGUGACACAGCUUUUAUACCAGUGCGCCAAGUUCACCUGACCCUUGUUAGCCUGAUGGUCACUGUCUCUUGGGACGACACAAAUGGUCGAAUUGUUCAUGGAGCAUUUUAUUAAAAAAAAAAGAAUCUAAAAUUUUUAUUAAGCUAAAUUUCGCAUUCUCUGUUUCAAAUAUAGUCAAUCAGUGCAUUUGUUUUUAGAAUACAAUAAACAGAAAUGUUUCACAACAGUGA